UUUUAAUUUGGUUUUAAGACACAAGCCGUUAGAGCUUUCAUUCCAAAUUCUUGAGAGGUAAAUAUAUAUAAUUUUUAAUCGGUCUUCAAGGACUUUCUGGAAGUGCAGCUGCUACAAUAUGGCUGAUAAGUGCUCGGAGCCGAAAACUGAUUCAAACAACUCGGACAAGGAUUUGUGUUCACGCAAUCCGAUUACUGGCAUGGGCCUAAACGGCGAUGGGGUCGGUGGACUAAAGCCCAAGAUAGCCAAGAGCCGAGCGGGCAAUCCAGUGACUGGCGAGGGCUACAGCGCUGGUCUCACUGAUUUGGACUUUAUGCGAAAGAUUAGCCGUCGUCCAGGCCCGCUCUCUAAUUAGUGUUUCCCUUAUUUGCUGCUCCAA